UGGGGUGGAGUUCAAUCUGGAGAUCAGCUUGUAAUCCUUUGCAUCACUCUGAGGACCAUGGCAAGCCACCACAACGGCCCUCAGUGUACACCUGGGAUUCUUGCCGGUUGCACACGCGCCUUCUAAUCCAAGUGAGGAAAAGGGGGGGGGAGUGUUUGGAAGCAGGAAAAAAAUGUUUGCUGCUUCUGGUCAGCGUUAAAAAAAAAAGCGGAGUGUGUGCAUGUUUCGGGGGACGCAUCCAUUCUCUCUAACCGCGAACCAAAGUGAAAACUUAGAGCGAUGGAGUCGCCUACGAAGGAGAUUGAAGAAUUUGAGAGCAACUCUCUGAAAUACCUCCAGCCGGAGCAAAUAGAGAAGAUAUGGCUUCGUCUCCGAGGAUUGUUGCGAUCUUUGGUUAAGCAGCUAGAAAGAGGAGAGGCUUCUGUGGUUGACUUGAAAAAGAACUUGGAAUAUGCAGCUACCGUACUUGAAUCUGUGUACAUUGAUGAAACCAGGCGUUUGCUGGAUACAGAAGAUGAGCUCAGCGAUAUCCAGUCCGAUUCUGUGCCCUCAGAGGUACGGGAUUGGCUGGCUUCCACCUUCACACGGCAGAUGGGGAUGAUGCUCAGGAGGACCGAAGAGAAGCCCAGGUUCCGAAGCAUCGUCCAUGCAGUUCAAGCUGGGAUAUUUGUGGAGAGGAUGUACAGGCGAACAUCCAAUAUGGUUGGACUGAGCUACCCACCAGCAGUGAUCGGAGUGCUAAAGAAUGUAGACAAGUGGUCUUUUGAUGUAUUUGCACUGAAUGACGCUAGUGGGGACCAUGCACUGAAAUUCAUUUUCUAUGAAUUGCUCACGCGCUAUGAUUUGAUCAGCCGCUUCAAGAUUCCAAUUUCUGCUCUAGUCUCCUUUGUGGAAGCUCUGGAAGUUGGCUACAGCAAACACAAAAAUCCAUAUCACAACCUAAUGCAUGCAGCAGACGUCACGCAGACUGUUCAUUACCUCCUUUUUAAGACGGGUGUAGCGCACUGGUUAACGGAGCUGGAAAUCUUUGCUAUGAUCUUUGCAGCUGCUAUCCAUGAUUACGAGCACACCGGAACCACCAACAACUUUCAUAUUCAGACACGGUCUGAUACAGCCAUUCUUUAUAACGACCGGUCUGUGCUGGAAAAUCAUCACCUUAGUGCAGCUUUUCGCCUUUUGCAAGAUGAUGAAGAGAUGAACAUUCUGUCCAACCUCUCCAAGGACGACUGGAGGGAAUUCAGGACUCUGGUGAUUGAGAUGGUGCUGGCGACAGAUAUGUCCUGUCACUUCCAGCAAAUCAAAGCCAUGAAGAACGCAUUGCAGCAGCCAGAAGGGAUUGACAAACCGAAAGCCUUAUCACUGAUGUUGCAUACUGCUGAUAUCAGUCAUCCUGCCAAGGCAUGGGAUCUCCAUCAUCGCUGGACCAUGUCAUUGCUAGAGGAGUUCUUCAGACAGGGUGACAAAGAAGCAGAAUUAGGGCUUCCCUUUUCCCCUUUGUGUGAUCGCAAAUCCACUAUGGUCCCCCAGUCUCAAGUAGGCUUUAUUGAUUUCAUUGUGGAGCCCACUUUCACGGUGUUGUCUGACAUGACAGAGAAGAUUGUAACACCUCUCAUCGAGGAAGCUUCCCACUCUGGCAUGACAGGGUUUAGGCGUUCCAGUCUGAACAGCAUUAGCCCCUCUGAAGUUAAAAGAUCAAGUGUCAAGAGCACUGGGUCAGAAGGAAGUGCCUCGCUCAACUGUUCCAUACUCACUGUGGACUUCAGAGGUUUUAAAAACACCUGGACUGAAGUGGUGCAACAAAACCGGGAGAAGUGGAAAGCACAAGCAACCAAAGAAGAAAAAGCAAAGAAGGAAGCAGAGGAGAGUUCUCCCCAGGGUGCAGAUGAAAAGAGAACAGACGAAAAUGAAGGGAAAAAGGCCACAGAGGAAACGGCUGCCACGAUCUCCGAAAACAGCAAAGAAGGAAAUUCCGGCGAGAGUAAGAGUACAGAAGCCAGUAAGAGCAAUGUAAAUGGGACUCGUCAAACUGGUGUUAACAAAAAUGACGCUUCUCAAGGGAAAAAUGUAACUCGGGCGGAAAAGGAAACAGAUCCCAGCUCGGCAGGAAGAGACCAGAAACGGCAUGUACAAAAUGGUAAAUUAAAGGAUGAUAAGAAGUUAGACAAGAAAGAUCAGGGAAAAGAGUUAAAGAAGUCAGAGGGUUCAAAGCAACGCACAAAUGACGCACCAGUACCGAAUUCCUCAAAUCGACUUACUUUGCCAGAAGACUAAGAGCUUCUUCAGAAGAGCAUUGCCACAUCAACAUGCCAGCCCGAUUGCUUGGAGGCAUUUUUAAGAAAAGCAUGCGCUUCCUGCACAAAAUGUUCAGAUCACCUGAACUCAAAAACCAGCAACAAUGAGUAUCUACCAUAAGGAAUCAGAGGCAACCAUUUAAAAAAC